ACGCACACCAUGAUUCCACGAACCCUGCUAACGGCGGCGGCGGCCAGGCGGACGGCGAUCGGGCGGUGGGCAGCGAGCAAGCGGAUGCAGUGGACGGCACGGCGGAGGACGGACAUCGGCUCACGUCCAGGGCGUAGCGAACAGCGGCUGCCGCCUGCCGCUUGCCGCCUGCAUCAAGCGGACGGCGCGCCGGCCGGCGAGCACGGGUAGGACACAGCGAGCGGCGGGGCCUGCCAAGUGCCAACUGCAUUAGGCGUACGGCAUCGCGCAGUGCAGGUAAUAUAGUGGUUUCAAGAACGGUUUUGCUAAAGCACAUCUAGAUGUGAUAUAAGUAUUGCGCAUUUAAGUUCUAUGUCAUUGAUCUUACAUUAAAAUUUGUGUGGAUAUUUUUUUUCUUUUUCUCUUUAUGCUUGAUUCACUCACUUAGAUGUGUAAUAACUAGAGCACAUCUUGAUGUGCCCUAGAGCACAUCUUGAUGUGCCCUAGACACACCCUAAAAACUAAUGUUUUUGAAAGAAAACAAACAAAACAAGAAUUCUGCCUAUCUGUUGCAGUGUUGACCACUGCACCAUGACUAAAAUAUCAUGACAAGCAGGAAGGGAGGAUCUCACGUUCAGCUGAGAGAUUGCUUUAUGUGGUUUUCUUAUUGUAGUUGCAUGCCUUUGUCAAUAUUUUUUAAGAAGGGUGUAUCUAGGGCACAUCUAGAUGUGUCCUAGUUAUUGCACAUCUAAGUGAUUGAAUCAAGUAUAAAAUGAAAAAGAUAAAAGAGAAAAAAAUAUUUACAUGAAUCUUAAUGUAAGAUCAAUGACAUAUGACUUAGAUGUGCAAUACUUAUAGCGCAUCUAGAUGUGCUUUAGCAAAACUGAUAAGAAAUAAGAGGCUACUGCUAAGAGGCAAAAGUCAAAGAGGCUAGCCCUAAGAGGAAAAAAUCAAGCAUAGGAUUUGGAGUAUGGACCAUUUUGUGGUUACCUAUUGCCGCCAACCCAUUCAAGUGCAGUUAUGUUGACACCAACGUAGGAUGUUAGACCACCUGCUUGACAUCCACCCACAUAACGGGCCUAUAAAUCGAGUGGAUACAGCGGUCAUCUCGUCGCCACAGCCCACAGGUGGCAAAGAGCCAUCAUAUCCAUCAUAGGCAUCUCCUCGCUGAGUGGUACGUACGUAGCAUUACCAUCUAGCUUGCGAUGGCUACGAACCCCGGCAUCCUCAGCGAGUGGCCAUGGAAGAGACUCGGCAGCUUCAAGUAUCUUGUGCUGGCGCCAUGGGUGGUGCACGGGUGCCACCUCGCGGCGACCAAGGGGUGGAGGGAGCUGGACCCGGGCUACAUUGCCAUUCUCCCGUCGAUGCUGCUCCGGGCGCUCCACGACCAGGCAUGGAUCACCGUGUCCCGCCUCUACAACGCGCGCGGGAAGCGCCAGAUCGUCGACCGCGGCAUCGAGUUCGACCAGGUCGACCGCGAGCGCAACUGGGACGACCAGAUCAUCCUGAGUGCCAUCCUGCUGCUCCUUGGCUCGCUGUACCUGCCGGGUGGGCAGAACCUGCCAUGGUGGAGGAUUGAUGGCGCAGUGCUGCUGGUGCUGCUUCACGCCGGCCCGGUCGAGUUCCUCUACUACUGGUUCCACCGCGCGCUGCACCACCACUUCCUCUACACCCGCUACCAUUCGCACCACCACGCCUCCAUUGUCACCGAGCCAAUCACAUCCGUAAUCCAUCCAUUUGCCGAGCUACUAGCCUAUCAACUGCUGUUCUCGGUCCCAAUGAUCACCUGCGCACUGACCGGAACCGCCUCCAUAAUCACGUUCGAGAUGUAUGUGAUCUACAUUGACUUCAUGAACAACAUGGGCCACUGCAACUUCGAACUGGUACCUAAUCGGCUCUUCAAAUGGAUCCCCCCUCUCAAGUAUCUCAUGUAUACACCAUCGUUUCAUUCUCUUCACCACACCCAGUUCCGGACAAACUACUCUCUUUUCAUGCCAUUCUAUGACUACAUAUACAACACCAUGGACAAGUCGACGGACGCGCUGUACGAAAACUCACUCAAGGGCAAGGAGAAAGAAGUAGAUGUGGUUCACCUUACGCAUCUUACCAGCCUGCAGUCUAUCUACCAUAUAAGGACCGGGUUCGCCCAGUAUGCCUCCAAGCCAUACACUUCCAUGUGGCAGUUGCGGAUCAUGUGGCCCGUGUCAUGGCUGUCCAUGGUACUGACGUGGGCAUACGGUUCUUGGUUCACCGUUGAGAGGAAUUCCAUGAAGAAGCUCCGUAUGCAGUCGUGGGCUAUACCAAGAUACAGUUUCCAUUAUGGACUGAACAAGGAGAAGGAAGCAAUCAAUGACCUGAUUGAGAAGGCGAUAUCUGAAGCUGGUAAGAAAGGAGCAAAAGUUGUUAGCCUUGGACUUCUGAAUCAGGCGCAUAGCCUCAAUGGAAGUGGAGAACUUUAUCUGCAGAAAUACCCAAAGAUGGGGGUAAGACUUGUGGAUGGCACUAGCCUAGCUGCUGCAGUGGUCAUCGACACUAUUCCCCGAGGCACAAAUCAAGUUAUCCUAGCGGGAAAGAUUUCGAAGGUGGCUCGUAGUGUUGCUGCGGCACUCUGCAAGAAAAACGUCAAAGUCAUAAUGACAAACAAGCAGGAGUACCAUCUCCUGAAGCCUUGUAUACCAGAAAAUGAAGCCGGGAAUCUUUUAUUAUCAACAACUAGCACUACAGAGGUGUGGCUCAUUGGAGAAGGUCUGGAUGCUGCUGAGCAGUUCAGGGCACCGCAAGGAACAAAGUUCAUCCCAUUCUCACAGUUCCCGCCAAAGAUGGCGCGCAAGGACUGCUGCACCUAUGCUAUGACUCCUGCAAUGGGUGUACCUGAAUCGAUGCAAAACGUGCACUCGUGCGAGAAUUGGCUGCCAAGGAGGGUCAUGAGCGCGUGGCGCGUCGCUGGAAUUGUUCAUGCAUUGGAGGGAUGGAGCGAGGAUGAGUGCGGAGAUACAGUGCUGGACCUGGAGAAAGUGUGGUCUGCGGCAAUUAUGCAUGGGUUCCGCCCUGUUGCACAACUUUGAUGGUUUUGGCUGCAAGUCACUGCCAUAAUCUUCAGAUAGCUAUGCCAUAAUUAAACAUGCUAAGGGAGAAAGGCACACAUUACAUUGGACGCCACAAAUGUAAACUCCCAGUAGGUUGAUCUGCUACUAUUGGCUCUUCACUACACUAUUUAUCUUCUAUGCAAUCACACCGACAAUGAAUUAAUUAUGUAUCACUAUCUGUUGGAUCAAUAAUGUAAGUCAAUGUAGAAACACAGAUGGACCAUUUAUGUGAUCAUUUUACAUUUA